AUGUCCCAUUCCAGAGCGGUUUCACCACUACCCAACAGAGGAUGGAACGCACCGGGUCUGAUUGAGCGCGGUUUAACACCCAAUGGCUUGUACGCUGGAGCCAACAAUUACAGCAACAAUGACGAUCAGUGGGCUGCGGCAAAGGCAAGAAGUGCUCAAGUGAAAGGAUAUCCCAGCGUCCAGACCAGAAAUGAGGGCUUCUUUCAGCGGUCCAAGCGGAAAAUAUCCUCCACGCUGCCCGUCUUCAGUCCCUACACUCCUUUGUCCGCCAACUGGAAAGAUCCAGAGAAACUUGGCCGCAGCCGGUGGUAUCCAAGAGGAGGAGGCAGUCUGGCGAGAAUAAAGACUUUUGCUGGCAAUGUCUUGAGGAGGUUCAAAUUUCUGUUCAUAAUAUUGUCCAUUGUCACACUGACGACGGUUGUAUUGUCUCAGACAAACGUGUUGUCCAAAUACCGUGGCAAUUCCCACUUAGGCGGCGGAAGUAAAUUCGUCAUCAUCCUCGGAGCCAAUGAGGGCGGCGGCGUUAUGGAAUGGAAAGGUCCCAGAGAAUGGGCCAUUGAGCGUGACAGCGUGAGAAACAAAAAGAGAUAUGCCGAAAGAUGGGGAUACAUAUUAGAUAUUGCAGAUAUGAGCACCAAGAAGAGGUACGCUCAUGAAUGGCGGGAGAGCUGGGAAAAGGUUGACCUGAUCCGAAAUGCCAUGGCCAGGUACCCAAAAGCCGAAUGGUUCUGGUGGCUCGACUUGAACACCUUCAUCAUGGAACCAUCAAAGUCACUGCAGUCCCACAUCUUCAACAACCUCGACAGAAAUGUGUACCGCGACAUCAAUGUCUACAACCCUCUCGACAUCGUUCAUCCUCCCGUCACCGAAUUUCUUGAUCCGGUUGCCCGGUCACCCACCGGCGACAAUCUAACAUCCUCCAUCGACAUCAUCAUUCCUCAGGACUGUGACGGUUUCAACUUGGGGUCUUUCUUCGUGCGACGAUCUCCAUUCACAGACCGGUUACUUGACUUGUGGUGGGACCCUGUUCUCUACGAGCAAAAGCAUAUGGAGUGGGAACACAAGGAGCAAGAUGCACUAGAGCAUCUAUACGCGUCACAGCCAUACCUCCGGACACAUUUCGCAUUUAUCCCCCAACGGAAAGUCAAUUCAUUUCCUCCUGGCGCAUGUGCCCUCCAUCCAGAGCAGGAUCAGGUUGUCCAGGACGGAAAACCCCUUUUGGACCCUAGGUUCCACUACAACGAGCAAGAGCGCGACUUCAUGGUCAACAUGGCCGGAUGUGAGUGGGGUCGAGACUGCUGGGCUGAAAUGUACAUGUACCGCGAACUCAGCAACAGACUCAAUCGGUCGUGGUGGGAAAGGUUCAAAGAUCUGACAAGCGAUAAGUGGGCCAACCUAAAGAAAACGUUGUUGCAAGAAAAGACGGCGGCGUCACAAACAGGUUGA